CCUGACAAACCAUCAUCAUUCAGCAACAAAACUUUAAAAGUAGCAUUGAUGAGUGGAAGGUUGUUGCAGAAGCUUUGGAAAAUUCUUUGUAAAAUGUAUCCAUACUUACCUGGAUGGAUGCCCUGUUCUGUAGUGUUAGCUUGCGAGAGACUUAAUACCAGUGAAUAAGGGUUUAUAUAGUGUGAGGGGCAUGCAGGAUGAAUAUCAGAUUACUAUGGGUGUUGGCCAGAAGACUGUGUCGGUUGGCUCUCAGUGCACUGAUACAUCAACUAGUCUCCUCUUAUGGUCUAAUGGGACUUACAGUCAAGCCGAAACAAGCAAUUGAAAGUCAAGAAUCAUCAAGUUACAGCAUCUGACAUUUUAUGAGGGUUUAUGCUGAAUAUAAUAUGAUUGUAAAAUCACAUGAUUUGGUUUAACUGUAUUUUAUUUGUUUUAUCCAAAUUUUUCUUUUAGCUAAGUUAAUAAAGGAAGCAUUACUUCUGGAUUUCAGGAACGAUAUCCGUCAAGGGAUUUCAUUCUCAUCUGAACUAAAGUUGAUCAGUUCUGCAGUUCAUUAGAGUGGUCCCAUAGCUUCCUGUAGCAACUGAGAGGAAACAGUUUGCAGCAUGUGGUUCUCUGUUGCUCUCGGUUACUGCGCCUUGCUUCUGGGUUGGUCCUGAGGUGGGUUUGCAGGUAGAAUUCUUGAUGCCCUGGUCUUUCCCAGGUCCACAAUGCCUCAUACUUAUGAAUGCUAUUACUCAGUAUUCCUAGCCUUCCUGUUCCUGACCACUAUAAUUUACAUUCUCAGAGGACAGGACUUCCAGAAACCUCAGAUACAAGAAUCCACUCCACUCUGAAAUGGUUUCAUUAAAAGCCUCCUCUAUGCACCACAAAAGUCAUUUAUUUGUUGAACCUUCUGGAAAUAUGAUCCUUUAAUAAUCGAACCAUAUAAUUAUUACAUCACUAAAAGCAUUUAUCUGUGCUACCAUGAGCUUCCAGCAGACCACUGUCUGAUAAGAUCAAAGUUGUUAGCAAUUACAGCUAUUACCAUAAAAGUAUCAUUAACAUUUAUUACUAUGGUAUCUAUAAAUAAGAUCUAAAAAUUGCACAUAAUCUACAAGUAAAUAAAAUGUCUUGCAGAAACAAACAGCCUGAGUAUUGGCAAUUUAUUUAAAAAAAAAGUACAAGAAAUGCAAUUUGUUGCUUAUGGCACUCACAUGAUAACACUAAUAAACAGUAACAACAACAACAACAACAACAACAUAAACGCUGGGUUACAUUAACAGUGGCUACACACUCAUUGACACUAUCAUUCGACACCGACGCUAACUAUGACCAACCAUGAGGCCCACACUGACAGGGCUUUAAAUAAACACACAUACACUCAACGUUAACCCCGUGCAGUUGCGUACCAUCAUGGAGGGCGUGGCAACAAAUGUAAAGUCCCCUGCACACGGCAGGCCAUACCACGUGACUCGGGGGGAGCAUUCUGUGACAAUAUUACUUCAGUUAAUUGAGUUCCCUAGAUAGACAUGUCAAUUAUUUUCACUUCUUUCAUUCAUUUUUUUCAUUAUAAAAUAACUUUUUAAGUGUUUGUUUUUAAUAUACUGAUAAAAGAUUAGGAGACAUUUGACAUUUUUGACUGUUGCCCCAGAGACAUUGCUAACUGACAUAAAAGGGGCUAUUUAGUCCAAAAUUUCAUUCUGCCUGCAUACAGAUACAGAUAAUCAUUAAGUGUUUCACAUCAGUGCAGAUGUUAUCUGUUUGUCAUCGUCCCAGUGCUGACUCACUAUGCCUGAACACAGAGCAGUUCUUUCCCCUCUUACGACAGAUGGUUGUUAUGAGUUCUCCAUAAAGGCCAAACGGAUGUAAAGUCAUUUAACAGCCAAUCGCCACUACAGAAUGAACAGGCCUACAAGGAUGCAACGAGAGCGAGACUCUGGGAGGUGGUUUCGCUGGGAUGAAACUCCGGGUGUUUCUACACAGUUCGAGUUCGUUACGUCUCAGCUUCACCAAGCCAGAGACAGCAAAUCCCCUGGCGCUGUGGGAGCACGGGUAUCUCGUCGUUCCAGAAAGAAGCAGGAUCCUGGUUAUUUUGAUAACGAUGUCCCAGGUAAGCGCCACGAAUCUACCCGUCUUGACCAACGCUGCAGGGGGGAGUGGCCUGCAGCGUAGGACGUGAGUAGGCGGAGUGAAUACCUAGUUAACCCGUUUUUAGGCACUCGGUUGGUGCUCAAACGCAAAUGUGAGCUUCCCAUAGCCUGUGUGCGCUCUGAGAACUGCUGAGGGGGUUCUGUAUCUGUUUCUCCAUGGUCACCCCACCAAUGUCUGUGGCUAUCUUGCAAGCCACCCAGCCUGAGCUUGUUCCCAGUGUGAGAUGUCGCCUGUCCUGAUCUGUUUCCUGUGUGAGAUGCUACCUGUCCUGUCCCUGUGGCUAAGCCUCUGGUCCUAUCUCCAGACCUCCUGGACCAGCUGUUCCCUCAGCACUCUGGGACUAGCUGUGGGCUCCUGUUGCUGCACUGCUGGAACCCCAGUUGGGCUCUUUUUCUGGUGUUGAAGAUGCUGCCCAGCCUAACCUAGUCCCUGUCUCUGGCAUGGAGGAUGCAGCCUGAUCAGUUGCUACCUCCAGCAUGGUGGUUGCUACCUGGUCCCCCCCCUGCGUGAGGGAUGCCACUACCUGGCUGGAUCUGCCCCCCCCUUCCCCCUGUGCAAGAGAUGCCACACAUCCAGACCAAGUCCCGGUUCCUGCUGCAAGUGAUGCCACUUGUCCUGAACCUGUUUUUGGCCUAGUGGUGGCCUCCUGGCCUAUCCUUACCACCCAGGAGGCCUCUCAAUCUGUUCUUGUUCCCUGUGUCAGGUUUGUGCCUCUAGGUGCCCUUCUGGAUCUCCCUGCAGCGCCACUGACCACUGUAGCCAUGCCUCCAGAUCCUGCAGCACCGCUGAGCAGUGCAACCCCGUCUGUGAACCUGUUGUUGACAGUGCAGCCACACCUCUGGACCUGCUGCUGCCGACCACCUUGGCUGCGCCUCCCUGCAAUGCUGCUGACAGCCGCUGCCGGACCUUCCGCACUCACUGCAGCCAUGCUUUUAUGCAUGCCGCCGCUGAAUGUCGCAUCACUGGACCUGGCUGUUCCUAGAGUGGAGGAGGCCAUGUGCCAGGCCUGUGCCCCCUGUAGCUGCUACAGGUACACCUACCCUGGAUGUCAUGCUGUUACUGAGCCUCAACCUGUCUCAGCUGCCAUAGCACCUCUCACCACCCCCUGAUGUCCCCAGCUGUAGCCCACCGCAUGUCCACCCCAGCCAACUACUUUUCUGUUGCCUUUGAUGGACAUUCCCAUGGGUUUUGGACAUGUACACCAUUGAGACCAGACUAGGACUUCUACAAUACUGUUCUAGACAUCAUUUCUUUAUUUUUCUCACUCCUUAUUGUUUGCUUAUAUUGGUGUCCGUUGUGGGCCGGAAGAUGCCCCCGCCCUUGAUUCCUCCUCCAAAAUAACUUAUUGGUUAAUCCCACUGCUAAAUCAACAAGAGCUACUUGUGCUUUUUAUUUUACUGAAAGGCAAAAUAUAAAUAACUUACAAAUUUGCCUUGCUUUCAUAUGAGCAUUUGUAUGCAGAUGUAAUUGUUCACAUGCUCAAAGCUGUUUUUCAAGCAUGUAUCUGAGAAGUAAUUUUUACAUCAUGGCACAAAGAAAGGAAAUAAGAAAUCUUUUAGAAUACAGAUACAACUACCAUGUGGUACAAAUAAAUGUCAGAGUCUACUUUUGAUAUUACUAAUGUCACAUGUUCACAGGAGAUGUAAAAAUGUUAAUGGUCACAAUUGUGACCAGUGGGAUAAUUUAGUGCCUCAUUGCUAAUAUGUAAUUUGCAUGGAUUACAUUGUGUUUAUGCAUUCAAAUUUGACAGUCAUGACGAAUGCCAAUGUUUAGCUACUCAGAGGCUA